UUCUCUCGCUGGCUCUGGGAGGGGAGUGGGGGCUGGUGGGUUAGAGCAGGGGGGCUGGGAGCCCGGACUCCUGGGUUCCCUUCUAACCCCCUAUGUUCUAACUGCAUUACAUCCUCUUCCUUACGAACACGAGCUCCCCACCUCAGUGAGCCCCACGGUCCGUCUUGCCCUGUGUCCUGUGUCUGAUGCCAGUUGGUCCCACGACUCCAGGGGGAUGGCAGAGAACAGGGCUCCCCCCAGCAGGAUGACGGGCGCCCUGAAGAAGCACCUUGAGCUGCUGAGCGUGUUUCAGUGGGUUAUGACCUUCCUCUUCUUCGGUGCCUUCUUCACGUCCCUGCUGUUCUAUCUGCUCUUCACCCGCCUCUGGGCCGUCUCCGUGCUGUACUUUGUGUGGUGGGUGCUCGACCGCGACACCCCAGAGAGAGGCGGCCGACGCUCAGACUGGAUGCGACGCUGGCGAGUCUGGCAGCAUUUGACUGAUUAUUACCCCGUCAAGCUGGUGAAGACGGCGGCGCUGCCCCCCGACCGGAGCUACGUGCUGGGCUCCCACCCCCACGGCAUCAUGUGCGCGGGGGCCGCGGCCGCCUUCUGCACCGAGGGCCCCGGCUUCUCCCGGCUCUUCCCCGGCCUGCGGCCCAGCCUGGCGCUGCUGGCGGGGCUCUUCCGGCUGCCCCUCUACCGCGAGGAUGUGCCCCGUGAGCCGCCCCAGCCUGGAUUUCCUGCUCGCCCGGCCCGGCAACGCGGUGGUGAUCGUGGUGGGGGGCGCGGCCGAGUCGCUGGACUGCGCCCCCGGGCAGCACCGUGUCACCCUGCGACGCCGCACCGGCUUCGUGCGCCUGGCGCUGCAGCACGGGGCCGCCCUGGUUCCCGUCUAUUCCUUCGGGGAGAACGAGGUUUUCCGGCAGCUCGUCUUCCCGUCGGGCAGCCGGCUCCGGCACCUGCAGCUCCGCUUCAAGGACCUGACGGGCUUCGCGCCCUGCCUGUUCUGGGGGCGCGGGCCGCUGCCCUGCCCCUCGCCCAUCACCGUCGUGGUGGGGAGCCCCAUCCCGGUGCCGCGCCGCCCCCUUCCCACCCGCGCCGAGGUCGCUCACUACCACGAGCUGUACGUGGAGCAGCUUCGCCAGCUCUUCGACCGCCACAAAGUCAGCUGUGGGGUGCCGGCCUCCUGCCGGCUCAGCGUGGUGUAGGGACCCCCAGCCGGACCCCUGGGCCGGCUCCCCGGCCUCCUGCCGGCUCAGCGUGGUGUAGGGACCCCCAGCCGGACCCCUGGGCCGGCUCCCCGGCCUCCUGCCGGCUCAGCGUGGUGUAGACACCCCCAGCCGGACCCCUGGGCCGGCUCCCCGGCCUCCUGCCGGCUCAGCGUGGUGUAGGGACCCCCAGCCGGACCCCUGGGCCGGCUCCCCGGCCUCCUGCCGGCUCAGCGUGGUGUAGACACCCCCAGCCGGACCCCUGGGCCGGCUCCCCGGCCUCCUGCCGGCUCAGCGUGGUGUAGGGACCCCCGGCCGGACCCCUGGGCCUCCUGCCAGGCCCCUGCCCCCCACCACCAGGCCUCCUGCCGGCUCAGUGUGGUGUAGACACCCCCAGCCGGACCCCUGUGCCGGCUCCCCGGCCUCCUGCCGGCUCAGCGUGGUGUAGGGACCCCCAGCCGGACCCCUGGGCCGGCUCCCCGGCCUCCUGCCGGCUCAGCGUGGUGUAGACACCCCCAGCCGGACCCCUGGGCCGGCUCCCCGGCCUCCUGCCGGCUCAGCGUGGUGUAGGGACCC